AUGAAGUGGAAACGCUAUUCAGGUUCUACACCAGACUUAAUCCACCGGAUCAAGGUACGGGAGGCAGAGCUCUGGAUCCGGGAUGCCGAGGACUCCAGGGAAAGCUCCGGGCCUGAGAGCUCCUCCCCAGCAGGGCACGGGAUCCCGGGAGAAACAAGGACACAGUCUGAAUGUGGGGAGAGCAGUGCCAGUACACUGACUAAGCAUCAGCGCACGCAUAGCAGAGAACAGCUCUACCACUGUGCUGACUGCGGCAAGGGCUUUUCACAGAUUUCAUGCCUGAGAAGACACCAGCGCGUACACACUGGGGAGCGGCCAUACAGCUGUGCUGAUUGUGCCAAGGUCUUUUCACGGAUUUCAGCCCUGAAAAUACACCAGCGCACGCACACAGGGGAGUGGCCAUACAGCUGUGCUGACUGUGGCAAGGGCUUUUCACGGAUUUCAGCCCUGAAAAUACACCAGCGCACGCACACAGGGGAGUGGCCAUACAGCUGUGCUGACUGUGGCAAGAGCUUUUUACAGAUUUCAGCCCUGAGAAGACACCAGCACGUACACACUGGGGAGUGGCCAUACAGCUGUGCUGAUUGUGGCAAGGGCUUUUCACGGAUUGCACACCUGAAAAUACACCAGCGCACACACACAAGGGAGCGGCCGUACAGCUGUGCUGACUGCGGCAAGAGCUUUUCACAGAUUUCAGACGUGAGAAGACACAAGCAAGGGCUUUUCACGGAUUUCAGACCUGAAAAUAGAGGAACAAAAAGAUCUGCAUCUUAGCAAACAACAGCAUGAAACCCCUUCUGGCCAGAGUUCAUGUAUCCCCACUCAGCUGAGGAGAGGUUUAUCUCUGAGUCACUCUGAGAAAAAUCCAUUUCAAAGGUGAUUGAAUUAUAAAAGAAAGGGCCCAAAACACCCCUUGUUAUCUCUCCCUGUCCAGCUCUCAUUUUCACCUGAGAGGACAAAAAAAGGAAAGAAAAGAAAACAAAAACAGCUCUUGGACCCCAGGAACUGAUCCGGAGCUGAAAACGUGGUCAGCAAUACCACUGCAAACCUGUGUUAAGGGACUUCACUUUGAACCACGUCUAGUUUGUUCAGUUUAGUACUAGGAAGUGUUUUUAUAUUUCUUUUUCUUGUCACCAUUUCUCACUUUGAUGUCUCAUCUCUUGUACUCACUUGAA